AUGAAGACGACACUUUUUCGUAUCAUCUCUUUUUUUAAUAUUAUAUUUUUCUUCUUAGAUUCUAGUCAUGAGCAUUUUAUUAGACAGUCAAGUGAUUCAUCGGGAGGAUCUUCAGGUACAAAUUUUAAUUUUAGUGAGGAGAAUAUUUUAAAAAGUGAUGAAGAGAAGAAUGAUCAUAAUGACAAUCAUAUUUCGCUUAAUCGUUUAUAUAGGAAGAAACCAUAUAUGAAGAGAUCCCUAAUAAAUUUAAAAAAUGAUCUUUUUAAAUUAGAACCCUUAUCUUAUAUUCAAAAAUAUCAUAAUAGUAAUAUAAAUAGAUCUGAUAUUUUUAAUGAUAAAAAAGAUAAACAUUCCAAAGUGUAUUCAAAUGUGCAUUCAAAUGUGUCUUCAUUCCAUUCUUUUGUUGAAGAAGGUAAAGAAGAAGUUGGAAAAUUUUCUAUAUGGGGAUCUAAUAGCGUUUUAGAUCAUAUCGAUGUUCUGAGAGAUAAUGGAAGUGUUGUUUUUUCAGUUCAACCAUAUUACGUUGAUAUAUAUACAUGUAAAGAAACCACAUUAUUUACUUCAUCUUUUUAUAAGGAUCUAGAUAAAAGUUUAACUUCCAAAAUUAAUGAAUCGAUUGAAAAAUUUAAUGAAGAAAUAAUUAAGAAUGAAGAACAAUGUUUAGAUGGAGGGAAAACAAAUUUUGAUAAUUUACUUAUAGUUUUAGAAAAUGCUGAAAAAGCAAAUGUUAGAAAAUCAUCAUUUGAUAGUACACUUAGUAAUUAUAAAAAUAAAAAAUCUAAUUUUUAUAAUUGUUUGAAAAAUAAAAAAAAUGAUUAUGAUAAGAAAAUAAAAAAUAUAAAGAAUGACAUCACUAAAGUGUUAAAAAGUAUUCAAUGUACAGGAAAUAUGUGUGAAACGAAAUCAUAUGUUAUGAAUAAUAAUUUAUAUCUAUUAAGAGUGAAUGAAAUUACAAGUACAGCUAUUGACUAUUAUUUAAAUAGAGCAAAAGAAUUAUUAGAAUCAAGUAUCAAAUUAGUUAAUCCCAUAAAAAUGAAAUUAGGUGAUAAUAAAAACAUGUACUCUAUUGGAUAUAUACAUGAAGAAAUUAAAGAUAUUAUAAAAAGAUAUAAUUUUCAUUUAGAUAAUAUAAAAAAAGGAAAAGAAUAUAUACAAAAUAUAACCAAAGAUAAAACUAUUCCAGAAAAAAUGAAAAGAGAUGAUCUUAUAAAAAAAAUUUUUGAAUCCUCCAAAAAUUUUUCUAGUUUAAAAUAUAGUAGUGAAAUAAUAAGUAAAUUAGAUUCCUUAUUCAUAAAAAAUGAAGAAAUACUUAAUAAUUUAUUCAAUAAUAUAUUUAAUACAUUCAAGAAAAAAUAUGAAACAUUUUUAGAUAUGAAAACCAUUCAAUCAAAAUAUGAAACUGUAAUGACUCUAUCAGAACGUUUGGUGGAAUAUGCAACGGAUGUUUUAAAAGCUAACCCUCAAAAACCUAUUGAUCCAAAAGCUAAUCUUGAUUCAGAAAUAGUUAAAUUACAAAUGAAAAUAAAUGAGAAAUCAAGUGAAUUAGAUAAUGCAAUAAGUCAAGUUAAUACACUAAUAGCAAUAAUGAAAUCACUUUAUGAUGUUAUUUUAUCUGAAAAAGCUUCUAUGGAUGAAAUGGAAAAGAAAGAAUUAAAUUUAAAUAAUUAUAUUGAGAAAACAGAAUACUUAUUGUAUGCAUCAGAUAUUUUUAAGUCUAAAAGUAAUAUUAUAAAUAAUAACAGUAAAAAUAUUAGUUCUAAAUAUAUAAUAAUUGAAGGUUUAAAAAAAUAUAUUGAUGAAUUAAAUAGUCUUAUAACAGAUUUUAAAGAUUCACAAGAAAUAUUAAUAAAAGAUGACGAAUUAAAAAAAAACAUGAAAACAGAUUAUUCUGAUAACAUUAAAUAUAUAGAAGACAGUGUUACUAAUAUAAAUGAAAUUAUAUUAUUAAAACAUUCUAUAAAUCAAAGAAUAGUAGAUAUAGAUGAAUUAAAUAGUUUAAAUUUAAUAAAUAUAAAUGAUUUUAUAAAUGAAAAAGAUAAAUCACAAGAGAAGGUAACAUCUAAUCUUAAAGAAUUAUAUGAAGGGAAUUUUGAAGAAUUAGAAUCUGAAUUAACAGAAUUUUUAGACACGAAAUAUUUGUUUCAAGAAAAAAAGAGUGUAAAUGAUCUGAAAACAAUUUUGAAUACAUCAAAAAGUGCACGUGAUAAAUUAAAUUUUAUAAAAUCUGAUAAUAUUACUAAUACAAUCACUUUGUUAAAAGCAGAAUUAAGUAAUCUAUUAAAUGUCAAGGAGAAUAUAAUAAAAAAACUAUUAAAUUAUAUAGAAGAAAAUAUGCAAAAUUCAUUAAAUAAGUAUAUUAUUACAUAUACUGAUAUUAAUAAUAAAAUGGAAGAUUAUAAAGAAGAAAUUGAAAGUUUAGGAGUAUAUAAAGAUACCAUUAAAAAUGUACAAAAAGAAUAUAUAUCACAUUUAUAUGAAAAUGAUAAAAAUGCUUUAGCUGUUCAUAAUACUUCAAUGCAAAUAUUACAAUAUAAAGAUACUAUCCAAAAAAUAAAAAAUAAAAUUUCUGAUGAUAUAAAAAUUUUAAAGAAAUAUAAAGAAAUGCAUCAAGAUUUAUUAAAUUCAUAUGAAAAUCUAGAUAAAAAAUUAAGAGAUAAUACAUAUAUUAAAGAAAUGCAUACUGCUUCAUUAAUUCAAAUAACUGAAAAUAUUCCAUAUGAAGAUAAACCAAUAAGUGAACUUGAGAACGAAUUUAAUAAUAAUAAUCAAAAACUUGAUAAUAUAUUACAAGAUAUUAAUACUAUGGAUUUAAAUAUAAGUAUUCUACAAACAUUAAACAUAGGUAUAAAUGGAUGUAAUACAAAUAAUAUAAAUCUUCAAGACUUAAUUAACAAGAAAAAAGAAUUAAAUAAUAUUUUAAAUGAUCAAAAGGGAAUUAUACAAAAUGAUGAUAUAAUGCAUGAUAAUGAAAAAGAAAACUUUUCAAAUAUUUUAAAAAAAGAAGAAGAAAAAUUAGAAAAAGAAUUAGAUGAUAUCAAAUUUAAUAAUUUGAAAACUGACAAUGAUAAAGUGUUAAAUUCGUAUAACAAAUCAAAAGAAAAUAUAGAAAAUAAUGUUAAAAUAAAUUUAGAUUCUUUGGAAAAAGAAAAAGAUAAUUGGGUAAAUUUUAAAAGUACUAUAGAUAAUUUAUAUGUGGAAUAUAAUAUAUGUAAUCAAACUAGUCAAAAUACUAUCAUACAACAAAAAAAUGAUAUCAUAGAACUUAUUUAUAAACGUAUAAAAGAUAUAAAUCUAGACAUAAUUCAAAAGGUAGAUGAUUAUUAUUCCCUUUCAGAUAUAGCUUUAACUAAACUUAAAUCUAUUAAUUUUAAUAUAGAUAAGGAAAAAUAUAAAAAUCCUAAAAGUCAAGAAAAUAUCAAAUUAUUAGAAAAUAGAGUUAUGACACUUGAGAAAAAAAUUAAUCAAGAUAAAGAUGCUUUAAUACAAAUUAAAAAGUCAUCAAAUGAUUAUUUUGAAAAAGCUGGAAAUGAGAAAAACAAGGAAGAAACACAAUUUAGUGAAAAAAGAAAAGCAAUGGGAGAUAUAUAUAAGGAUAUUAAAAAAAAACUAGAUGAAAUAAAUCAUAACAAAUUGAUAGAUAUUACUUUAAAUGAAGCAAAUGAAAUAGAAUCAGGAUAUGAAAGAAUAUUAAUUGACGAUAUUUGUGAACAAAUUGCAGAAGAAGCAAAAAAAAAUGAUAAUAUUAACAAAGAAAUUGAAACAUAUAAAGAAUCUAUUGAUUAUGUAGAUGAUGGUGUUUCCAAAACGAGAAGCCAUCACCUUUUGAGAGAAGAUGAAAAUAUAUAUGAUUCUUUUUUUUAUGAAGAUACAUUAGAUUAUAAAUCCUAUUUUGAUAAAUUAAAAAGUUUAUAUGAAAAUAUAAACAAAUUAACAAAUGAAUCUAACGGACUAAAAAGCGAUGCUCAUAAUAGGAAUACAAAAGUUGAUAAACUAAAAGAAAUUAAUUUACAGGUAUUUAGUAAUUUAGAAAAUAUAAUUAAAGAUGUUGAAAAACUUGAAAAUACGUUACACGAACUUAAAGAUAUGUAUAAUUUUCUAGAAACGAUAGAUAUUAAUCAAAUAUUAAGAAGUAUUCAUGAUAGCAUGAAGAAAUCAGAAGAACAUAGUAGUGAAACGAAAAAAAUAUUUCAACAAUCAGUUGAUAUAACCAAUCAAUAUAUAAAAGAUGUUGAAAUAUUGAAAAAGUCUGUUAACGAAAACUUUGAAAGCUUAGAUGAUGAUAAAAUUGAUGAAAAUAUAAAAUCACUUCUUCUAAAGAAAGAGGAAAUAUCAAAAAAAAGAAAACAAGUGGAUAAAUACAUAACAGAUGUUGAAUAUAAUAAAGAACAAUCAGCUUUACAUUUACGAUAUGCAUCUAGAGGUAUAUAUGUUAUUGAUCUUUUUAUAAAACAUAAAAUUAUUAAUCCUAGUGAUGGAAAAAAUUUUGAUAUUAAUAAAGUUAAAGAACUUAUAAAUAAAACAGAACAAGUUUCAAAAGAAGCUAUUGAACAUGCUAAUAAUAUGGAUGGAAAAAAUAAAGAAAUUAUAAAAAUAGAAAAUGAACUUUAUGAUUUAAUUAAUAAUAAUAUCCGUUUAUUAAAAGGGGCAAAAUAUGAAAAAGUCAGGAAACAAGCAAAAAAUGCAUUUAAUGAUAUUAAUAAUAUACAUUCUAAUAUUAAAUCCAUUUUAACCAAAUCUGAAGAACAAUUAGAUGCGAUUAAGAAACAACCUAAUAUUAAAAGACACGGUGAAAUUUUAAAGAAUGAUAAAAUAAAAAUAGCUUAUAUUACAAUACAAAUAAAUAAAGGAAGAAUAGAAUAUAAUUUAUUAAAUAUAUUAAAUAUGAAAAAUAACAUAAAUAAUAUCUUGAAUAAAUCUACCGAAUAUAUGAAUGAUGUAUCAAAACCUGAACAGUUUGUUAUUAAUAUAGAAUCAUUGAAUAUGAAUGAUAUAUAUAAUAAGGAUAAAGAUCUUUUAAUAAAUAUUUUAAGAGAAAAAGAAAAUAUGGAUGCAGAAUAUAAAAGAAUGAAUGAAAUGUACAAUUAUAUCAGUGAAAGAGAAAAAGAAAUAGAAAAACAUAAAAGAAAUUAUGAAAUGGGAAAUAUGGAAUAUAUAAAAAAUGAAGCAGAUGAAAAAAAAAAAUAUAUGGAAUCUAAUAAAAAUUCAUUAAAUAGAUUAAUGAAUUCAAUCACAUCCAUUUAUCAUAAUAAAUAUAUAAAUGAUUAUAAUAUAAAUGAAAAUGUUGAAAAACAUCAAAAUUUUUUGAGUGAAAUAUAUAAGCAAUUUAAUGCAUCAUAUGAUAUUGUUAAUACUAAAAUGACUGAAAUUAUAAAAGAUAAUUUAGAUUAUAAUCAAGUAAAAGAAAUUAAGGAUGUCACACAAAUAGAAUUUGAUAAACUUAAUAAAAAUGUUGAUGAUUUUAAAAAUUAUUUAAAUAAAAUUAAAGAAGAAGAAGGACAUAGAUUAAUCGAUUACAUAAAAAAAAAAAUAUUUAACUUAUAUGUAAAAUGUUCAGAACAAAACAAUAUAAUAGAUGAUUCUUAUAAUUAUAUAACAGCAAAAAAACAACACAUUAGUACUAUUGAAGAUGCUCAAUUUUUAUUAGAUACAAUGAACGCAAUAGUGGAAAAAAAUAAAUCAGUAGAAAAUAUACAAAUUUGUGCUCGUAGAGAAGAUAUUAAAAUUUUACUUCCAGAUGUAAUAAAAUUGGCAAACUUUUCAGGAAUUAUUGUAUUAUCUGAUACAAAUAUCGAAAUAACUCCAGAAAAUUGUAUAGACUUUACUAAUGUAUUAAAUUCCCAAAUACAUUUUGAAAGAAAAAAUGAAAUACCAUCAAAAUCGGGAAAUGAUUCUGGUGUACAUAUUGAGCAUUUAAGUAACAAUUCAGAUGAAACUAUAGAUAAUGUAAAGGUUUAUAAGGAUAUUAUUGAAUCAUAUACAAUUUCAGGACAGAUUCUUAAAUAUUUAGAUAAUAUUGAAAAACGUAAAGAAGAAUGUAAUGCUUUAGUAAUGGAUUGUGAAAAAAUACAUGAUUUAUCUAAAGCAUUAAUUGAUUUAAAAAUACAAAUUAGUAGUAUAAGUAGUAAAGAAAAUGAUAUUUCAAAUAAUAUUGAUAUUGUAUCUAAUAAAUUAAAAGAAAUAGGUGCUAUACAACAUAAUUUAGAAAAAUAUAAAGAAAUUUUAAAUAAUGUAGAAGAAUAUAAAUAUUUAGAUGAUACAAAAAAUGCAUAUAUUGUAAAAAAAGAUGAAAUUUUAAAAAAUGUAGAUAUAAAAAAAACAGAAGAUGAUUUUAAUAAAUAUUUUAAUAACUUAAAUGAAUUAGAAGAAUCUCUUUCAUUAUCAGUUAACCAAAUGGAAAUUAAAACAAUAGUAGAGAAAUCAUAUAAUUCCUUUUAUGAAAUUAAUAAGAACAUUAACAAUAUUGAUAAUGAAAUGAAAACAAUGAUCCCUAAGCUUGAUGAAUUAUUAAAUGAAAGACAUAACAUUGAUAUAUCAUUAUAUAAUUCUUUAAUUCGAAAUAUUAAGAACAAAAUAGCUAAUGAUAUAAAAAAUAUAAGAGAAAAGGAAAAUGAUACUAAAACAUGUUUUGAGUAUAUUCAAAAUAAUUAUAAUUUUAUAAAGAGUGAUAUAAAUAUAUUCAAUAAAUAUGAUGAUCAAAUAAAGGUAGAUAAUUAUACGUCUAAUCAUAUUGAUGUUGUCAAUAAACAUAAUAGUUUAAUAAGUGAACAUGUUCAAAAUGCUACGAAUAUUAUUGAAAAUAUAAUGACAGAUGUUGUCGAAAUAAAUGAAGAUAAAGAAUUGAAUUCUUUAGAACAGACACAAGACAAAUUAUUAGAACUAUAUAAAAAACUACAGAAAGAAGAAACUAUUAUAAAUGAUAAUUAUAAAAUAGUACAUUAUAAUAAAUUAAAAGAAAUAGAAAAUACAUUAGAGAAAUAUAAUUCAAUAUCAACAAGUUUUAAUAAAAUAAAUGAAAAACAAAAUAUAGUUAAAUUAAAAAAUGAAUUUAAUAAUAUCAAAACAAAAAUUAAUGAUAAAGUAAAAGAAUUAGUUGAUGUUGAUAGUACAUUAACACUUGAAUCAAUUCAAACAUUUAAUAAUUUAUAUGGUGACUUUAUGUCUAAUAUACAAAACUUUUAUAAAUAUGAAGAUACUACUAAUUCUGAAUUGAAGAAGGGGAAAUUAUAUAUAGAAAAUAUUACGAAUUUAUUAGGAAGAACAAAUACAUUCAUAAAGGAACUCGACAAAUAUCAGGAUAAAAAUAAUGUAACAAAUAACUAUAUAGAAAUCAAUAAGGAAUAUAAUAGUUAUAUAAUAAAAUUGAACGAAAAUGCUAAUAAUCUAAAGGAGAAAUUCUCAAAAUUGUUAGAGACUAUAAAAGGAAAUGAAACUGAAUUAUAUAAUAUAAAUAACAUAAAGAAUGAUAUUAUGAAUACUUGGAAACUUGUGAAUAAUAUAAAACAAAAUUUUUCUAGAAAUUUACCAUUAAAAGAAAAAUUAUUUCAAAUGGAAAAGAUGUUACUUGAUAUAAAUCAUAUUAUGAAUGAAACCAAAAGAACAUCAAAUACAGAUGCAUAUACUAACACAGCGUUCAGAGAUAAUGACAAUAAUAAAAAUAAAGAAGAUAACAAUAUGAAUAUUGAAACAAUUGAUAAAUUAAUAGAUCAUAUCAAAAUACAUAAUGAAAAAAUAAAAGCAGAAGUAUUAAUAAUUGAUGAUGCCAAAAGAAAAGUAAAUGAAAUUACAAAUAAUAUUAAGAAAGCGUUUACUGAAAUUACAGAAAAAAACAAUAAUGAUAAUAAUGAUGUAAUUAAAUCGGCAAAAAAUAUUGUCGAUGAAGCUACUCAUUUAAAUAAUGAAUUAGAUAAAUUUUUAUUGAAAUUGAAUGAAUUAUUAAGUCAUAAUAAUAAUGAUAUAAAAGAUCUUGGGGACGAAAAAUUAAAAAUGGAAGAAGAAAUAAAAAGAAAAGAAGAACUAGAAAGGCAAGAAAAAUUAAAGGCAGAAGAAGAAGAAAGAAAAGAGAAAGCAAGAUUGGAAAAAGAAAAACAAGAAAGAGAAGAAAAAGAAAAAUUGGAAAAAGAGAAAAAAGAAAGAGAAGAAAAAGAAAGAUUGGAAAAAGAAAAACAAGAUAAAGAAAGAGAAGAAAAUGAAAGAUUAGAAAAAGAAAAACAAGAUAAAGAAAGAGAAGAAAAUGAAAGAUUGGAAAAAGAGAAACAAGCACAAUUGCCAAAAGAAGAGUUAGAAGUACAAUCACAACUGCCCAAAGAAGAAGAAGAAUUAAAAAAAGAAGAGCAAGAAGAAGAACAACAAAUGAGUACACAAGAAUUAGAAGAACAAAAAACGUCAGAAAUAAUAAAAGAAGAAUUGGUUAAGGGGGAUAAAAUACUAGAAGGAAGUGAUAAAGGAAGUAUGGAAUUAAGCAAACCUGAGGUUAGUAUGGAUAGUACUGAUAAUAGUCCAAUAAUUAACAAAGAAAUCACAAAAAGCGAUGAUGCAGAUAACAGUGAAGAUAUACAUACUAUUGAUAUGAGCGACAGUGAAGGUAAACAAACGGAAGAUAUUAGUAACAGUCAUAGUACUCAAACGGAUGAUAUUAUUGACAGUCCUAGUACUCAAACGGAUGAUAUUAGUGAAAGUCCUAGUACUCAAACGGAUAAUAUUAAUAACCUUCAAAGUGCACAAACCAAUGAUAGAAGUAGCACCCAGGGGGAACAAACCAGUGAUAUUGGAAAGGAAGAAAUUUCACAUAAUGUUGAAAUUUCUAACACUAGUGAAAGAAGUAACCUCACUGAUGAUACUAAUAAAAAUAAAAGUAGCAACAUAAUUGAAAAUACUGAUAUAAUUAUAAAUAGUAAUACAGGAGACAUUUCUAGUACACAUGAUGAAUCCCACAUAAGUCCUAAAGACAAUACGUAUGAUAGUAAUGUUUCAGAUAAUCAAAAAAGUAUUAGUGAAAGUAUAAGUGAUAAAUUAAAUUUAGAUGAAAGUAUAAUUACAGAUAAAAAUAUAAGAAUAGAUGAUAAUUUGAAUACUAUUAAUAUUGAUAGUACUGGUUCACGUGGUGCUAGUAGUCAUGAUAGUAGUAAUAAAGAUGUUGAUGGUAUAAGUCAUGUUACUAGUACUAGGAAUGAUGAUGGUAUAAGUCAUGUUACUAGUACUAGGAAUGAUGAUGGUAUAAGUCAUGCUACUAGUACUAGAAAUGAUGAUGAUAUAAGUCAUGCUAUUAGUACUAGAAAUGAUGAUUAUAUAAGUCAUGCCAGUAGCGACAUUCAUAUGGAUCGUGUAGAUACUAAUGCUAGUAUUGACACUGCUGAAAAUGCUGAUCACAGAUAUAAUGUUAAUUCUAGUGAUAGUAUUAGUUCUAGUCAUAACACCGUUAGGCAAAACGACUUUAGUAGUGUUAUUAAUGAGGGAGGAAAUAAUGAAGGACGUGCUGAGAAUAAAUUUAAAGAAUAUGAAUUCCAAACAGAACAAACACAUGACGAAUGGUUUAGGAAUCCAAAUAAAUAUACAAUUAAUGAAUUUGAUGGCAUUAAAUUAAAUGAACAACCUGAACAUAAAAUUACAGAAAAACUGGUAGAUAUUUAUCCUUCUGCAUAUAGAACACUUGAUGAACCUAAGGAAACACAUGGUUUAAAUGAAAAGUAUCAUACGUUUGAUAAUCCAGAUGAAACAGAAGAAGAUCACACGGAAAAACAUGAUUAUGAUAAGCAUGAAGAUUACUAUGAUGAAAGGUAUUCAAACGAUAAAAGUUUUGAUGUUUUCAUAUAUACUUCUGGUGGAUUGGUUUGUUGUGUAUUAUUUUUUGCAAGUAUUGGUUUCUUUACUAUGAACAAAUCAGAUAAGGAUGAAUGCGAUUUUGAUACAUGUGAAGAAAUAUAUAAUAAUGAUAGCUCAUCAAAUUAUGUUGAUAAAGAAGAAAUAAUUGAAAUUAUGUUUGAUGAAAAUGAAGAAAAAUAUUAUUAA